UGCGACGAAGUCUCAUUGCUGCCGGAAAGUGUGGCGGCUGCUGCGAGAGCCUUUCCCGUCACUGCCCCCAAGGAGCUGGAACGACAACAAGACGUCGUUUCCGUUUCCACUGCCUCUUCCUUUUCCCGUUUUCGAGGACGCCGUGCCCAGCCGGUGUUAGCCUCCAGCCCCGGUUGUGAAAGGCGACAGUAGUCAUGGCGAUGUUUGAGCAGAUGAGAGCCAACGUGGGCAAGUUGCUCAAGGGUAUCGACAGGUACAAUCCUGAGAACCUGGCCACCCUGGAGCGCUAUGUGGAGACGCAGGCCAAGGAAAAUGCCUAUGAUCUGGAAGCCAACCUGGCUGUCCUGAAACUGUACCAGUUCAACCCAGCCUUCUUUCAGACCACAGUCACCGCCCAGAUCCUGCUGAAGGCCCUCACCAAUCUGCCACACACCGACUUCACCCUGUGCAAGUGCAUGAUUGACCAGGCACAUCAAGAAGAACGGCCAAUCCGGCAGAUUUUGUACCUCGGGGACCUGCUGGAGACCUGCCACUUCCAGACCUUCUGGCAAGCCCUGGAUGAAAACAUGGACCUCUUGGAAGGUAUAACUGGCUUUGAAGACUCUGUCCGAAAGUUCAUCUGCCAUGUCGUGGGUAUCACUUAUCAGCACAUCGACCGUUGGCUGCUGGCUGAGAUGCUCGGGGAUCUAUCGGACAGCCAGCUAAAGGUGUGGAUGAGCAAAUAUGGCUGGAGCGCCGACGAGUCAGGGCAGAUCUUCAUCUGUAGCCAGGAAGAGAGCAUUAAACCCAAAAACAUCGUGGAGAAGAUCGACUUCGACAGUGUGUCCAGCAUCAUGGCCUCCUCCCAGUAACCGCAGGUGUUUAAUAAAGAUGUGUUGACAGCC